GGCAUGACGAGAGUUGCUCUGGAUCAUGACUCUUCUGACUCAUUGACCUUGUUCCUUGACUAACAUCUGAGCAUAUCUGAUAUUUCACACGAUUGAAUAUUUCCAGUGCCACUGCCAAUUCCUGAUCUUGCAAGUACAAACAAGUAAAGUGUUUCUUGUUUCCUAGGCUCUCAGAAACGCUACCGACCACCCCGCCAUCCGUUAUAGCUGCUGCAACUCGCCAAAAAAAAAAAAAAAAAAAAAAAAAAAAAAAAGGGAAAGGAACCUUAAAAAAAAACCCAUUAUACAGUGAGAAGAAACCAAGACCUUUGGCCAUGCCUAUGCUUCAAGAUCCCUCCAAGAAGUACAGGAAGUUUCAACCUCUGAAUCUUCCUAACCGGCAAUGGCCGUCUAAGACCAUUGACAAGCCGCCUCGAUGGCUGGCAACCGACUUGCGAGACGGCAACCAGAGCUUGGUUGACCCUAUGAAUGGCGACGAGAAGUGGAAGUACUUCAAGAUGCUGGUGGAUCUGGGCUACAAGGAGAUCGAGGUGUCCUUCCCGUCUGCGUCGCAAACCGACUUCGACUUCACGAGAAAAUUGAUCGAGACUCCGGGUGUAGUACCUGAUGACGUCUGGAUCCAAGUCCUCUCUCCGUGCCGUGAAGAGUUCAUCAAGCGAACAGUCGACUCCCUCAAGGGCUCCAAGAAGGCCCUCCUACAUAUCUACCUCGCCACGAGCGAAUGCUUCCGAAGGAUAAUAUUCGGCCAUAGCGAGGAGGAGAGUCUUGAAGUGGCAGUCAGGUGCACCAAGUACGCAAGAUCAAUCACCAAAGAUGACCCGUCGCAAGCUGGCACGGAAUGGGCUUUCGAGUUCAGCCCGGAAACCUUCUCAGACACAAGUCCCGAUUUUGCCAUCAAGGUGUGCGAAGCAGUCAAGGCUGCCUGGGAACCUACCGUGGAAAACCCCAUCAUUUUCAACCUUCCCGCCACUGUCGAGAUGUCGACACCAAAUGUCUACGCCGAUCAAAUUGAGUACUUCUGCACAAACAUAUCCGAGCGCGAGAAGAUUUGUGUUUCUCUCCACCCGCACAACGACCGAGGAUGCGCCGUUGCUGCUGCCGAACUGGCCCAGAUGGCUGGCGCAGACAGAGUAGAGGGAUGUCUCUUUGGUAAUGGCGAGCGAACCGGCAAUGUCGAUUUGGUCACUCUUGCAUUGAACCUUUACACUCAGGGCAUUAACCCAAAUAUCGAUUUCUCUGACUUGGGCAGGGUUAUCGACACUGUCGAGGUUUGCAACAAGAUCCCUGUACACCCACGAGCACCAUACGGAGGUUCUCUUGUUGUUUGUGCCUUCAGCGGCUCUCACCAAGAUGCUAUCAAGAAGGGCUUCAACAUCCGCAAGCAGAAGCGUCUCGAUGCCGACGCCGAAUGGGAAAUUCCUUAUCUUCCUCUCGAUCCGCAAGACAUCGGCCGCACCUAUGAAGCCGUCAUCCGUGUCAACUCGCAAAGUGGAAAGGGCGGCGCUGCCUGGAUCAUUCUCCGCAAACUCGAGCUGGACCUACCUCGCGGCUUACAGGUGGCAUUCAGCAGAGUUGUCCAGAAGCGUGCCGAUGAGCUCAAGAGAGAACUUUUGUCUGAUGAGAUCACGAAUCUCUUUGAGGAGACCUACUACUUGAGAGACCACCCGCGCUUCAACAUUAUUGACUACUCCAUCUCAAUCGACCGAUCAGCGUCACCUGUGCCUCCGGCUGUCGGUAAGACACAAGAUACCAAGAAUCUUGGUCGUGUGUUUGACGGUGUCGUUGCCAUUGACGGCAAGGAGUACAAGCUGCAGGGCCGUGGAAAUGGACCCAUCUCCUCUUUGGCUAACGCCCUCAAGGGGGUUGGCAUCAAUCUGGAUGUAGUUGAUUACAGAGAACACUCUCUUAGUACUGGUAGUGAUGUCAAGGCUGCGACCUACAUAGAAUGUACCGCAGCGGGUACCAACCAGAAGGUGUGGGGUGUCGGCAUCCACGAGGAUGUUGUACAAAGCUCCCUUAUCGCUCUCCUGAGUGCAGCCAGCAACUUUGUCCUAAGCAGACCUGGUAGUCCUAUCACAACCAAAGCCUUGCCCCAGCGAAGUCUUAGCCGAGAGCUGGACCUCAACGGGAACCUGACGGUUCCGACUGGCUCCCAUGGUACUAAUGGUACUAGUGGUCCCAUUGAGGUCGAAGGUGGUGCCCCUUCUGAGGUUGUCCAGAACUUGGAAGCCAAGGUGAAUGGUAUGUAGAUACUUUUUUGACAUGAGGUGAGGUCCUCAACUUGAUGUGGAAGACACUUUGGUUACUCGUUAGGGCGCAAAACAUUGGCAUGCCACGAUGAAAAGUAUUUUUUUUUGGUAGCGACGCCUGUUUUUGGGAUUAGCUCUUCUAAAAAUCAGUUUUUUUUUCAUCUCCCCCCCCCCCAAAAGAAAAAGGAGAAAGAGAAGGAAAAAAGUCGUGAUAGUGGGGAAAGUAGAGGCCCAAUUGCGACGCAAUGUUAUACCCCCUCUAGUCGAAGUGCUGUAAGCCUUACUCGAACGUGAUAGUUAUGAAAUGAAUUGGAACCAAAUGCAUAAAAG